AACCUCCAAUGCGUCUGUGAUCAUAACAACUGUGAAUAUAGCAAAACAGAUGUCAUUGCUUCCUCAAGCAAGAAAUGCGUAUUUAUUAGUAACAUUUUCGUAGGAGUAACUGUGAUUUUAAUUGUAAAUAGAAAGUCUUCACAAUGGAUGUUGUUAAAACUAAUAUUAAUUUUACAUGUCAAAGAUGUUUACAACCUCUGAGACUCGAUCCUAGUUUUAAUCAGUUGGGAGAACAUACUCUUGCUGAACUUUCAUUGCCAAUUCAACCCCAAGCUGCAGAGGAAAUGGAACCAGCUAGUGGGAGCUUAGAACACUUGGUACAUCCGUUUAGACUAACAGAGUCUGCGAAUGGUUCAAAUGGGUUUAUGGUCGUUGGUGAUUCAGGUGAAAUGGAAAGCUUAAGUCAUAAUUUAAAAAUAAGAGCAACGUUAUUUGAUAUAUUAAGCAGUAGCAGUUCUUCUGAUCAUCCCUUAUGUGACGAAUGCACGGAUACACUUUUGAUGUUAAUGGACCAGCAGCUAAGAUUAACUGAAAGCGAAUGGGCUGACUAUAAUGAAUAUUUAAAAAAAUUAGAUGUUGAACAAGAAAAUGAAAGAAAUGAAGAUGUUAAAAUGGAAAAUUUGUCAAAAGAAUUACAUGAUGCCACAGCAGAAGAAAACAGAAUAAUAAGUGAAUUGGAAGCUUUGAGAAACGAAGAAACAUAUACAAAAAGUGCCAUUCGACAACAGGAAAUUGAACGAGAGAGAUUACAAAGUGAAGAAGAACGAUAUUGGAGAGAAUAUUCAAAACACAGACGAGAUCUUAUGUUGGCAGAAGACGAAUGUAGAAGUUUGGAAUGUCAACUGGCCUACGCAUCUGCACAAUUGGAAAGAUUAAAAAAAACAAAUGUUUUUAAUGCAACUUUUCACAUCUGGCAUUCUGGUCACUUUGGCACAAUAAAUUCUUUUAGAUUAGGAAGAUUACCAAGUGCACCUGUUGAUUGGAGCGAAAUUAAUGCAGCUUGGGGACAGGCAACUCUGUUAUUAACAGCACUAGCACGAAAGAUAAACUUGACUUUUCAACGGUUUCAACUUGUGCCUCGUGGAAAUCACAGUUAUAUAAAAAUCUUGAAUCAAAAUAUGGAACUUCCAUUGCACUGUAGUGGAGGCUUUAAGUUCCUCUGGGACACUAAAUUCGACUCAGCAAUGGUAGCUUUCUUGGAUUGUUUGCAACAAUUUAAGGAAAAAGUAGAAAAGGGCGACAGUGGAUUCUCGCUUCCAUAUAGAAUGGAUAAAGGAAAGAUCGAAGAUUCAGCCACCGGCAAUUCUUAUUCUAUCAAGAUUCAAUUUAAUUCCGAAGAGCAGUGGACUAAGGCCUUAAAAUAUGUUCUGACAAAUUUAAAAUGGGGUCUUGCCUGGGUCAGUACACAGUUUACAAAAGAUGAUGUUGAACAUUAAAUGUCGACUGUUUACUGACUACCAAUUAUAAACGUUUGUACAAAAAGUUUUAAUGUAUAUAAAUUUAAAUUAAAAAAUAAAACAAUCUUCUCUUAUAAAAA